UUUACAAUUAGGGAGUAAAAUGAUUUUACAUAAAAUUAUUGUUUUGAAUUUCAGAUAUCGCAGACUCUGCUUCCCACUAGAGGGCGCUCCACCUGACUUAGAAGUGGACCAUUUCAUCUCUAUAGCUCAGGAUUCGUACUUGUCAUCUAAAGACACUGCCCAGCCAGCAAUGUUAUUUACAGGUGAGAAAGGUGUGGGACGUGUCAAUGUUGGUGCUGUGAUGGGAUAUCUACUGCUGGCACAAAAAGAUGCAGACACCACAAAACGGAGACCCAGUUCUGCAGCGUCUAGGCACAAUAGAAUGACAGAAACUGAUCUACAAGAACAGGGCUAUUUUAGAGCCAUUACAAAGCUUGUGUCCCUGCUUGACAAUGGCAACACCAUUAAACAUCAGGUUGACAUGGCAAUUGAUAACUGUUGCACAACACACAACUUGAGAACAGAGAUCAUGAUUGCAAAGAAAAAACUGGUAGAAAUGCAAGCAGAUCAUGAUGCUGGUUUUGCCUUUCAGAGUGAGAAUGAUAUAUUGGCUCAAUACAGAAAGUGUGUGAACUAUCUUAGCAGAUAUUUCUUUUUAAUUUGCUUCAAUGCCUAUCUCUGUGAUCAGUAUGAUAAUCAAUUUAUGGUUGGUUUUACAAAAUGGAUGAAUCGUCAUCCAGAACUGAACCAUCUACGAUGUACGAUGUUUCUGCCUAUAAACAACAGCAGUUACUCCAGGCUCGAUUCUGGACAACACUGCUUGGUAUCGGAUAACUAUGUAGGCCUGGACCUAAUGGGUUCUCAGAUGGAUGUUAGAGUUGCAAAUUUCCGAAAAAUAAAUCUGAAAGAAAUCCCUGUAUAUGGUAUGGCACAGCCAGCUGCUGAUGGUUUGUCCAAAGUUGUGAACCACUUGUUAAACUUGAAAGUGAAGCAUACCCAUGUGGUUCUGAUCAACUUACGUAAUGAUAUAAUGGUGGAGAUAGAUGAUUCUACAUACACUGUCAGGGACACCUCUAAGAUGGAUGAGCCAGUCAUUUUCCCAGGAUUUAGUAAAGGCGAGUUGGAGGACAGAGAGGAGUCCUUGAAGAGACUGAUCAGAAAAUACAAAACAUUCCAGAUAUACAAUGAAUUAGGAGACCCACCCAUAGAGAGGGAUGUUCACAAAGCUUAUACAAUACUUGACCUUGCUGAAAACCAACGUUUACAAACCCUGGAUAUGUCUUAUUAUAGAAUACCCCUUCUCUGUGAUGAAAGCCCUACUGAAAAAGAUAUUGACCACCUAUUGGAGGUUGUAUGUAACCACUGCAAACAAGAACGUCUAAAGAACAAUACAAGUACAGCCUUCGUGUUCUUCUGUAGAACGGGGAAAAGUCGCUCAACAUUUGCCAUGGCUGUGGCUGGUCUCACAUUGUGCCAUAUGAAGGGUUUCCCAAAAGGCUCCCAGAAAGGUGAACAAGAACGAAUAAGCUGUCCAAAUGCUCAGUAUACAAAAGGAGAAUUCAUUAUUGUACAGAAGCUGGUAAGGAUGUUACCAAAUGGUCAACAAGUGAAGAGAGAAGUGGACUUCAUACUGGACGAAAUAUUCAACACAAUGACCCCUAUGAUGUUCCACAUGAGGGAAAUUAUCUUUGUUACAUAUAAUAGAUUGAAGAAAUGUGAAACUGAGCAUGCCAAGGAACAGAUACUGUGCCAGUCUAUUCUGUUCCUAGAACGCUAUGUUUACCUUAUACUGUUUAAUGCCUAUCUACACUGUGAUGCAAGCACACACUGGAAACGACCCUUCAGUAAAUGGAUGAAAGAGGUUGGAGGUCGGGCAGGUGUGUAUGAAGUUUUGGACAACCUUGGUUUUUAUGACUUUGAAGAAACACUUACAGAUUUCAGAAAGAUGUCUGUGCGAUGGAAAUACCCAGUGCCAAAUGUUAAAUGGCAAGGGGAAUUCAUUUAAAAGAACAGUAUAGAAGAUGGACUAGCUUAGAAUUUGAUAAAGUCAUAGCUGGUUUUUAUAUGUAUAUAAAUGUUCACAAUGAACUUGUACAAUGGAUAAUUUUUUUUACUUGCAAAAUUGUUUGUUUAAAUUUGCACUUUUUUGUGCCUGAAAUAAAAGGAGUUGAAAUAAUGUCCACAUUCAUAUAGUAGGUUUUCUUUUGUUGCUUUAUGAAACUAGAAUAUUAAAUAUACCUCAUUGAGAAUUCAUAUUGAGAAAUUUUCUAUAUAAUCUUAUUGUCACAAACCUGCAAAGAAAUAAGAACAAAGAAUGCAAAGAAAUAAGAACAAAGAAUGCAAAGAAAUAAGAACAAAGAAUGCAAAGAAAUAAGAACAAAGACUAUAACUUGAAAACAUAUUGAUUCUUAUCAGCAUUAAUUAUUUUCUAAUCUUUUAAACAGGGGAGAAAUAAAGCUAGGAAUACAGUGAGUGAUAUCCUUUAUAUCUCACUGGUAAAUUGAAAUGAGUCGCGUCACGACAAAACCAACAUAGUGCGUUUGCGACCAGCAUGGAUCCAGACCAGCCUGCGCAUCCGCGCAGUCUGAUCA